GUGUGUGGUUCGGCUGCGAGUCAAUCCAAGGAUGUUGGAAGACACAAAGGGGGAAGUGCCGAGAUACCGGCGGACGUAUAGCCGACCGCGGCGUUGUUUGCCGGAUAAAUAGCACCUGUUAACGAAGAAGACGCCAGCCAUUCAUUGCCGCAGGUCGGGUCGUGGGGGCAGUAGCUUUAGCAGGAAAGUCCAGACUCCUCCAGGGGGAUCCCGAGGUGUUCCCAGGACAGCCGGGAGAUGUAGUCUCUCCAGUGUGUCCUGGGUCGUCCCUGGGGUCUCCUCCCGGUGGGACAUGGCCGGAACACCUCACCAGGGAGGUAUCCAGGAGGGAUCUUAAUCAGAUGCUCGAGCCACCUCAUCUAGCUUCUCUCGAUGUGGAGGAGCAGCGACUCAACUCUGAGAUCCUCCCGGAUGACCGAGCUUCUCACCCUAUCUCUAAGGGAGAGCGCAGACACCCUGCGGAGGAAACUCAUUUCGGCCGCUUGUAUCCGGGAUCUUGUUCUUUCGGUCACGACCCACAGCUCAUGACCAUAGCUCCUUCUUCACGACAACGGACCUAUACAAUGUCCACAUCACUGCAGACGCUGCACCGAUCCGCCUGUCGAUCUCCCGUUCCAUUCUUCCCUCACUAGUGAACAAGACCCCAAGAUACUUGAACUCCUCCACUUGGGGCAGGAUCUCAUCCCCGACCUGGAGAGGGGACGUCAACCUUUUUCCACUGAGGACCAUGGUCUCAGAUUUGGAUGUGCUGACUUUCGUCCCAGCCGCUUCACACUCUGCUGCGAACACUUCCAGUGAGAGUUGGAGAUCACGGCUUGAUGAAGCCAACAGAACCACAUCGUCUGCAAAAAGCAGAGAUGCAAUACUGAGGUCACCAAACCGGACCCCCUCUAUGCCUCAGCUGUGCCUAGAAAUUCUGUCCAUAAAAGUUCUGAACAGAAUUGGUGACAAAGAUUAUCCUUGGUGGAGUCAAACCCUCACCGCAAAUGAGUGCGACUUACUGCCAGCAAUGUGGACCAAACUCUGACACUGGUCGUGCAGGAACCGAACUUCCCGUAUCAGAGAGUCCGGUACCCCAUACUUCCAAAGCAAACCCCCCACAGGACUCCCUGGGGGGUCUCGGUCGAACGCCUUCUCCAAGUCCACAAAACACAUAUAGACUCGUUGGGUGAACUCCCAUGCACACUCAAGGACCCUGCCGAGGAGUUAGAGGUGGUCCACUGCCCCAUGGCCAGGACGAAAACCCACACUGCUCCUCCUGAAUCAGAGAUUCGACUCCUCUCCAGCACCCCUGAAUAGACCUUACUAGGGAGGCUGAGGAGUGUGAUUCCCCCUGUAUUUGGAACACAACCCUCCGCUCCCCCACCACCACCCCAGUCUGCCAAUCGAGAGGCAUUGUCCCCGAUGUUCACGCGAUGUUGCAGAGGCAUGUUAACCAGGACAGCCCCACAACAUCCAGAGCCUUUAGGAACUCCGGGCGAAAGUCAUCCACCCCCAGGGCCUUGCGACCGAGGAGCUUUUUAACCACAUUGGUGACCUCAACCUCAGAGAUACGAGAGUCCGCCUCAGAGACCCUAGACUCUGCUUCCUCAUGGGAAGGCGUGUCGGUGGAAUUGAGGCGGUCUUCGAAGUAUUCUACCCACAGACUCACAACGUCCCGAGUAGAGGUCAGCAGUACCCCAUCCCCACGAUACACAAUGUUGAUGGUGCUUCCACCACCUGAGGCGCCGGAUGGUGGACCAGAAUUUCCUCGAAGUCGUUCUCCAUGGCUUCACCGAACUCCUCCCACGCCCGAGUUUUUGCCUCAGCGACCACCAAAGCUGAUAUUUCCACUUGGCCAGCCGGUACCCAUCAGCUCUCACAGAUCAAAAAGGCCUGAAUGGCUUUCUUCUUCAGCUUGACAGCAACCCUCAACGCUGGUGUCCACCAACGGGUUCGGGGAUUGCUGGCACGACAGGCACCGACCACCUUACGGCCACAGCUCCAGUCGGCCGUCUCAGCAAUGGAGGCGCGGAACGUGGUCAACUCUGACUCAAUGUCCGCACCUCCCCUGGGACGUGGGUGAAGUUCUGAAGUUGAAACUCCUUCUGACAGGGGAUUCUGCCAGAUGUUACCAGCAGACCCUCACAAUACAUUUGGGCCUGCCAGGUCGGACUGGCAUCUUACCCCACCAUCAGAGCCAUGCGUGCCUCUCUUCACCCAAGUGUCCAAGAAGUGCGGCUGCAAGUCAGAUGACACAACCACAAAGUCGAUCAUCGAACUGCGACCAAGGGUAUCCUGGUGCAAAGUGCACGUGUGGACAUUCUUAUGCUUGAACAUGGCAUUCGUUUUGGACAAUCCGUGAUGAGCACAGAAGUCCAAUAACAGAACACCACUCUGGUUAUGAUCAGGUGUGGGGGGGUGGGUGCCUUCCUCCCAAUCACACCCUUCCAGGUCUCACUGUAAUUGCCCACGUGAGCAUUGAAGUCCCCCAGCAGAACGAUGGAGUUCCCAGCGAGAGCGCUCUCCAGCACCUCCGAUAAGGACUCCAAAAAGGAUGGGUACUCUAAACUGCUCAUUUGUGCAUCGGCACAAACAACAGUCUGGACCCGUCCCCACACCCGAAGGCAGAGGGAGGCUACCCUCUCGUCCACCAGGGUGAACCCCAACAUAUUGCCGGGGGGCAAUAAGUAUACCCACACCUGCUUGGCGCCUCCCACCGAGGGCAACUCCAGAGUGGAAGAAAGUCCAACCCCUCUCGAGAGGGGCCCAGAGCCCAGAGCCCAAGCUGUGCGUGGAGGCGAGUCCGACUAUAUCUAGUCGGAACUUCUUGGCCUCACACACCAGCUCGGGCUCCUUCCCUGCCAGAGAGGUGACAUUCCACGUCCCUAUAGCCAGCUUCUGUAGCCGGGGAUCGGAUCGCCAAGGUCCUCGCCUUCGGCCACCGCCCAGCUCGCACUGCACCCGACCCCUAUGGCCCCUCCCACAGGUGGUGAGCCCAUGGGAAGGGGGACCCACGUUACCCUUUCGGGCUGUGCCCGGCCGGGCCCCAUGGAUGCAGGCCCGGCCACCAGGCGCUCGCCUUCGAGCCCCACCUCCAGGCGUGGCUCCAGAGGGGGGCCCCGGUGACCUGCGUCCGGGCAAGGGAAAACCGAGUCCAUUGUUUGUCGUCAUCAUAAGGGGUCUUUGAUUCAUUUAAUUACAAUGAAGUAAUUUAAUUACACUAAGUUAGCACCCAUUAUUUCUGUCAUGUUGAAAUGUUGGUCUGACCUGACUGAAAAUUUUAACUUAUGUCAGUGGCCAAUCCUUGAAUGCCCCCUAGAGGUCAUUGUUUUACCUUUUCUCUAAAAUGCUAUAGAAUACUUUUGAUGAUACUCAGUAUACAGUACACAAGUAUAUGUAGUAAAUGAACAAGUCAUUUAAAUAGUCAUAUUACUCCAUCUUUUGAUCAGAUUGGCGUGUGUGUGUUUAGUCAGUGUGGCUUUCAAAUAUUUAUGCUGUACUUUUUGUUUUACUGCAUUUGGAGUCAGGUGCACCGGCCGCCAUCACUGAGCUUAUUUGAGGUUUUUUAUAUUGCAAAUAUUGAGACAUGGAUCAAACUCCAAAUAGCACUGACUGGAUUUACAGUGAAUAGCUUCACAGCCUUAUCGCUACCAUUGAUGGCUGUUGAAUUAAAAUACCCAUUUUAACAUGGAGGACUGGCAGUGAAUGAUACAGUUUUAUUAACUCAGAAGCUCUCUGAAGGAAAGUGAUGACUAUUUAAGAAGUGAUGAGGGUCAGUUCCGCAUUGAGCCAACGACAAGGCAGACUUAAAUAGCUCUUUAUGAUAAGGUUAAAAAAAAGGAAAGCUUGAUUUCUAGUGAAGAAUGCGUGAAUUCGUCAAAAUGUUUCAGACAAUCAUCUUUGGUAAAUGUUUCGCGAUCAUUAUAGGGGAGAGAAGGUCAUCGCUAGGUUUGAUGGACGUGGGUUGGGGGUCGGGGUUAGCCCCCAGGAGAUGCACAGGAUGUAAGCAAAUGUAGUGCGCGAGCACAACAUCUCACAAACAGCUAAUGAAGACUGAGAAAUUGCAUUUUAACAGUUUGGGACAGAUUUUAAAACAAUACAAUACUGUGUAAAAGUUCAAAGCACCGUUAAAUUUGUAAAUUUCAGUCUGUCUUUUAAUACAGCACACAAACACAGGAAGUGUGUUUCCAGCAUUCACCACCACAAAAAAGAAAAAAAACAUGUACACGUUUUUAUAGUGUUUGGAGAACUGUAUGCAAAAAAGGUCAUUGUGUUGUCACGAAGUCAGCCAAACCCAUCAUUUUCAAUAAUUUUUUUUUUACAGAGACUAUAACAACUGCAGUCCAGAGCUAGGGACUGCGAUCAAAAUGGUCAGAUAUGCGACCCUUUUUUUCAGUUUGUGUGAGUAAAAAUGUGGUCGCACUUGCACGAGUGCCUGUUUUCAUGCUCCAACAUUAACGGUGGUCCGGGGUCAGUAAGCGCAUUUUCGGACCAAAAUACUUUAUCACUGACCUGUUCAGGCCGAGACAGGAUGUUACGAUAACGAAAGGAAAAACCGCAACACACGUUUGACAGGAAAAGCUAACAAAGCUAACGCCGGCAGCGGGACCAUGGAAUGGCAGCGAAUAACAAGGGCAGCGACAAUCUGAAGCUUCAUCACCAGAUUAUUAUCAGAGAACAUUAUCAGGAUGCCAUCGCAAGAGGGAGAAGAGCCGCCUCCGAAUGGGAACCAGUCUGAUAGCCGUCUAAAGAGCAAGAAGCCACCCAGUCUGGUCAUAGCAAUACCUACACCGAAAGAGAUGAUGUCCCAUGACCCCACUAAACAGCCCCUUCGGCCGUCUUUGAAGAAAAAGACGAGUGGCCAAGCAACCAGUUCUGUGUCAGAGAGUAUCAGCGGAACAGGAGAUGGAGGCCUGUCAGCCUCAGAGAGAAGGGAAAAGUUUGGAAGACAGACCUCACUCUCACAAAGUAUUCGCAAAAAUACAGCCCAGUGGUUCGGGGUUGGAGAAGACUGUGAGACCAAGCAGCAGGUUUGGCAGAGGAAGAGUCUGCGCCACUGCAGCCAACGCUAUGGCAAGCUGAAGGCCCAGUACAGAGAGCCUGACACAGCUUUGAGCAUGGAGCAGAGCCUGGAAUCACCAGCCCCACACAAGAUGCCUAAGAUUGUAGACCCCCUGGCACGGGGACGAGCGUUUCGUUACCCAGAGGACAUAGACACUCGCUCCCCUAAGGCUCCCUUCACUCCUGGGGUCACCUCGCUCAGCUCCUUUACCAGCCAGCGUUCUGGGUACAGUCACUUCCCCAAACGUAAGAGGGAGUCCGUCGCCCGCAUGAGCAUCCGUGCUGCAAAUAACCUGCUCAGGGGCCGAAGCGGCUUAGCGGGUUCCCUGACAGGUCGCAGCUUUCCCAGGAGGAGCUUUGUCAGACCCAGCUGGCAGGAUGAUGACACUGUGGACUCGGCAGACAUGUCUGAGUCACUCUUUUUUAGCAAGGUCGAUGUCCACGAUGAGUUGUACUCUAUGGCUGAUGACGUAUUUGAGUCACCACCAAUCUCUGCUGCUUUUGCACCAAGUGAGCAACCAGACCAGAAAUUCUCAAGCCUCAUGCCCAUAUCCUGCAAGGAUGCAUCUCGAACACCCUGCACACCAACAGCAGUGCAAGAGAAAAGUCAUCCUCGACGUGGGCGUCGCAUCGCUUCCCGAGUGAAGCACUUUGCUUUUGACAACAAAAAGCGUCGCUAUGGAAUGGGCGUUGUGGGCAAGUGGCUGAACCGGCACUACCGACAUAGCCUCAGCAGCACCAUCCAGAAGCAGUUGGAUGACUUCCACAGCCACAGGCCUUACUUUACCUACUGGAUCACUUUUGUCCAUGUUGUAAUCACGUUGCUGUCGUGCUGUACUUACGGUUUUGCACCUGUAGGGUUUGCACAACAUUCUAAAACUGACCUUGUGCUGAAGAACAAAGGCAUCUAUGAGAGUGUUAAGUACAUCCAACAGCAGAACUUUUGGAUUGGUCCAAGAUCUGACGACCUGAUUCAUUUGGGAGCCAAGUUUGCUCCAUGUAUCCGUCAGGAUAAACAGAUAGUCCAUCUGAUUCAGAAGGCCAAAGAUCUGGAGAAAGAGUCAGGGUGUUGUGUUCAGAAUGACAAUUCCGGAUGUGUGCAGACUCUCAUCUCUGACUGUUCCGAGACACUGGCGACUUUCAUCAAAUGGAACAAUGAGUUUGUGGACAUCAACAGGUCCUCUGGCUCUGUCUGUCAUCAGGAUCCCAGAAUAUGUGAAGAGCCUGCAUCUGCAGAGCCUCACACGUGGCCAGAUGACAUCACCCAGUGGCCGGUGUGUACAUAUCCCAAAAGGUGGAACCAUACAGGCUACAGACAUGUGGACUGUAACAUCAAGGGGCGACCUUGCUGCAUUGGCACUAAGGGCAGGUGUGACAUCACAACCAGGGAGUAUUGCUCUUUCAUGCAUGGGUACUUCCAUGAAGAUGCCACACUAUGCUCACAGGUCCAUUGUCUGGAUGAUGUUUGUGGCUUGCUGCCCUUCCUAAACCCUGAUGUGCCUGAUCAAUUCUACCGUUUCUGGCUGUCCCUUUUCCUGCACGCUGGGUUGCUACACUGUGUGGUAUCAGUAGUGUUUCAGAUGACCAUAUUGAGAGACCUGGAGAAGCUGGCUGGUUGGGUGCGCAUCUCCAUCAUUUACAUCUUUAGCGGAAUAACUGGAAACCUUGCCUCUGCCCUCUUCCUUCCCUACAGAGCUGAGGUGGGUCCAGCAGGAUCUCAGUUCGGCCUCCUGGCGUGCCUGUUUGUUGAGCUCUUUCAAGGGUGGCAGAUGUUGGAGAAACCAUGGAAAGCAUUUUUUAAACUACUGGGCAUUGUCUUUUUCCUCUUCUUGUGCGGCCUUUUACCCUGGAUCGACAACAUUGCCCACAUUUUUGGCUUCCUUAGCGGCAUGCUGCUCUCUUUUGCCUUUCUGCCCUACGUCACCUUUGGAACUUUCGACAAGUACCGCAAACGCAUCCUCAUUGUCAUUUCGCUGUUGGCAUACGUCGGCCUGUUCUCUUCACUCAUUGUUUGGUUUUAUAUUUACCCCAUUAACUGGCACUGGCUGGAGCAUCUCACCUGCCUGCCCUUCACGAGCAAGUUCUGUGAAAAGUAUGACAUUGACCACGACAUUACCCAUGUGGUGCACUAGUCAUUAGCGUUUACUGAUGGCCUCUGUGACCAAGCUAACCAGCAAUAAUCCAGGUCUUCUAAGUGUCCUUUAAGACUUUGGCAGUCGUGACUUUUGUUGUGGUUGGUUUAUCAAAGGUACUCUGCAGAGUCUAUGACUCACACACUUCCAUAAAACUUUUGCGUCACCAGUAUUUACUUGCGAGUGAGCUCGAGGUUGGGAAAAUACUCAGGACCUCAAAUGCAAAUAGCUGGAUGAAACCAAAGAAGCAUCACAUGUUUUGUUCAGCAUUUGAAAGGGCACACACGACAAGGCUGGUCCAGUGGAAAUGGGGUACCACCAUUAUCAGGUUAGAUGAACUGGAUGCCUUACACAACAAGUGACAACGGGUCAAACACUAUGGACAAAUAAUAUGACUUACUUUCUAUUAGAGCUACACUCGG